UGUGGAUAGGGUUCUGUUGUCUGUGGUAACGAGACGCGAAACUGCGAUACUCACGUCUGUGAAAAAAAAUGCGGCGCCCGGUGAAAUUACAGAGAAAUCCAUUCGGCUGUCCAAUCAACACUGCAACAAAGUAUUAAGUUCUGCGACAUGACAAAAUUAUAGAGUGCGCGACAAUUUCUUCAGUUGAAAAUACGUUAUUUUUGUCAUGCGAACUUGUCAAAGUGUCGUGCACGAAGUAUAAAUCAGGCAUUACGGAGAGUUCCCGACAAACCCCGUAAAGCCAUGCAUAUGCGUAUUCAUAUAGGUAGAACUGAAAUGAAGUGACAAGAAAAGUAGAACUGAAUAAAGUGGAACUGCUCCUGUAACCUGUUGAUACGAAUGUUUAACUUGUUUGCUCCGUCCUAAACGUGUUAACGCCUUGACCAAAAAUAAACCAUUCUGACGUAAACUCUAAAACACGCCUCUGGUUGUGUUGAAGUCCAUCAAGACUAUCGAAAGCGACUCUAGGCUAUAUAAGAGACGCGGGUAGUCAGGGGAACUCGCUAUAUCGAAUUGAAAAAGCGAAAGUAUAGACUCCGAAUGUAAGUAUGUCAUCCAGCAUACUUUUAAUAAGACAAGUUCAGUCCAUCGUCAGAUUCUCCAAAGUUUUGCAGACGACUUGGACAUCUCAGCGAUCAAGCCUGCAGUUCCUUGGAUGUCGUGCCCUCCAUGUGGACAGUGCCCCCACCGUGCCCGAGCUGACCACCAGCUAUGUCCACGGCACGUCCUCCCGGUCGCUGCUGUCCCUGACCGUGGGCCAGGCCCUGCAGAACUCUGCCGAGCGCUGGCCGGACCGCGAGGCUGUGGUCUUCCUCCAGGAAGGCGUCCGCAAGACCUUCGCGCAGUUACAGCAAGAUGUGGACCAGGCGGCCGCUGGGCUGCUUGCUCUGGGGCUCAAGAAGGGGGACCGGCUCGGAAUGUGGGGGCCAAACAUCUACGAGUGGAUCGUGUUCCAGUUCGCCACAGCCAAGGCUGGCAUCCUACUGGUGUCUGUGAACCCAGCCUAUCAGCUUCAUGAGCUGGAAUUUGCCCUGAGGAAGGUGCAGUGCAGUGCUGUCGUGUGUCCCACGAAGUUUAAGACCCAGAACUACUGUGACAUGCUGAGGCAGAUCUGCCCUGAGGUAGAGACCGCAGCACCUGGAGGGCUCAGGAGCGCCAGACUGCCAGACCUGCGUGCGGUGAUUGUGACGGACAGCCGCCAGCCCGGAAUGUUCCACAUGGACGACGUGAUGCAGGCGGCGGGCAGCCAGCAUCGGCAGGAGCUGGACGUCCUGCAGAGGAAGCUGUCCUGCGACGACCCCAUCAACAUCCUGUUCACAUCGGGCACCACAGGCAGCCCAAAAGGUGCUACUCUGUCCCACCACAACAUCCUCAAUAAUGCCAACCUCAUAGGGAUACGUUUAGGCUACAACUGGAGGCCGCAGGUGCGCGCGUGCCUGCCCGUGCCCCUGUAUCACUGCUUCGGCUCUGUGGGAGGAGCGCUGAGCAUGGCGGUGCACGGCAUCACGGUCGUCUUCCCCUCGCCCGGUUACGAUGGCCGGGCCAACCUGGAGGCCAUACAGAAGGAGAGGUGCAAUUAUUUCUAUGGCACGCCCACCAUGUUCAUCGACAUGCUGGGGCAACCAGAACUGAACAAGUUUGACCUGUCCUCUCUGAAGACUGGAAUAAUGGCCGGUUCUCCCUGUCCAGCUGAGGUGGUGAAAAAGCUCACGGCUACCCUGAAUAUGGAAGUGAUGAUCGGGUACGGCACCACAGAGAACAGCCCCGUCACGUUUAUGGUGUUCCCGCUGGACAACAUGGAGAGGAAGUCUGAGACGGUGGGCUGCGUCCUGAGCCACACUGAGGCUAAGGUGGUGGACCCCAGCACUGGGCUGAUCGUGCCCCUGGGGGUGUCCGGAGAGCUGAUGAUCAGGGGCUACUGCGUGAUGCUGGAGUACUGGGAAGAUCUGGCCAAAACACAGGAGUGCGUCUCCAAGGACCGCUGGUACAGGACCGGGGACAUCGCGCAGCUGGACGGGUACGGGUACUGCCAAAUCGAGGGCCGGAUCAAAGACAUGAUCAUCCGCGGGGGGGAGAACAUCUACCCAGCCGAAAUCGAGCAGUUCCUUCACACCCACCCCAAAGUGCACGAGGUGCAGGUGGUUGGGGUGCCGGACGAGCGGAUGGGGGAGGAGGUGUGCGCCUGCAUUAAGCUGAAGGAGGGGCAGGACUGCACUGCUGAGGAAAUCAAAGCCUACUGCAAGGGCCAGAUUGCCCACUUCAAGGUCCCGCGCUACGUGACAUUUGUGCAGGGCUACCCGCUCACUGCCACUGGGAAGAUCCAGAAGAACAAACUGCGUGCAGAGGUGGAGAAGAGUCUGGGAAUAUGAUGAGCCACAUCUGAGCAUGUGUGUGUGUUGAGUGUGUGUUUUAGGGUGGCACAAAAAACAAGAUUUUCUAAAUGGGACAAUUUCCACAGGGGCAUAUUUGGCAAUGUAUGCAAAUUUUUGUGGGUUUUUUUUUUUUAAACAUUACUUUUUCUGACCCUUGACCGAAAAAAAAAAACUUGCACGGUAUCGGUUCAGCUCUGCAGUCUCCAUCAGACACAGAAGGCAGAGAUUUCCACUCAGAUGAAGUUUCCUGGAGGCGCGCAGAGAGACGCACGCUGACGUGAGAUCCAGGAGUCAUCUGGAGAAGCGUCGUCUCCAGCGUUGUCUCCACUUCAGAAGGUCUUACAAUGAUCUCAUUUUGGCACGGGUACACGUUGACAUAAUUUAAGGUGCAUGCCGUCUCCUUGCGGCCACAGUCUGGAGACGAUCUCUUGCCUUACUUUGACGUUUUCUACAUUCAGACCACGAGAAAAUGGAGAAGAAUUUUGUUGUCUGGUAAUGUUUAUACAAAAGCAAGGACCUUGGUGUCUGACACAGGAUUUAGGAAAAAAAAACAAAGGAUAAAGAUGUGAUCUCCAAAAUCGAGGUAAUAUAGAAAUGUAGUCAUGGAGAUCUAUGGUUAGAAAUAAGGGAUAGGCAAUGAUUAAGCCCUAGGAAUCGAGUCAGAAUUAGUGAUAGAAUAUCUACCUCUUUAGAGAUAGUCUUCCACGGAGAUGAAAGUAAUUUGGCUAAUAAAACUUGAAGCACAAUUAAGCAGAUGACAUUAUGCAGUACCUAUAUCUGCAAGGCUCUCCAAAUAUCUUCUGAAAUUGCCAAGUGUGUCAUGUGAACGAUGCACAGAAAUACAAAGUUGACUCGCAAGAACAGUUUUCAUGUCCAACUCACAGUGGCCAUUUUCUGGCCCUUUGCAACCCUUGUGUGUGUGUGUGUGUGUGUGUGUGUGUGUGGGUGUGUGCGUGUGCGCGUGCGUGUGUAGGCGGACAAUGGCCCAUUUUUAAAUCAACCUCCUCCUAACUUCAUUUUUGCUCAAAUACGUUUAAUGGCAUUCUUAUUCCAUAUGCGAGCCAAAGAUAUGAAAUCAUUUUUUCUUUUUAAUCACUGAUCAUGCAUAUUCAGUACUUCUUGUCUUAAAACUGCACAGAGAUUUUAUACAGAUAAUUAUUCUUUUGGUUUUGUGUAUGUUGUUUGUUUGUGUUUGUGUUGGGUAAGGUUGUGGGGCGGGGGCGUAUGCCGCGCAAAAUGUUCCCAGUGGUGCGUUUUGUCGAUGCCUCUGCCUGUUGUCGUUGAGAGGACAUUUUAUGCUUGCUGGGUUGUUUCACAGAUGACUUUCUAAACCCUGGGGCUAAGUGAAGCAGUCCUGUUUGCCAAAGAAUCCAGAAACCAAACAUGAAAGCCAAUGCCUGCAACUCCUUGCAAUGUCUUUUGUUGGGUAAAAAUGCCAAAAGAAGAAAAAAAAAACAACAAAACGAUCUCUCUUCUUAAAACAAUCUAGUCGCUAAGGAAACACAAAUAUGACUAAUUCAGCUGUGGACCAAGUCUGUUACUGUUUUAAUGCAAUGUGCAUGUUUUAAGCCAAUGUUAAAUGUGAUUCUACCAUGAGAAAUAGAAAUGAUUUUCAUUUCUGCAAGUCACUCUGCAACCCUGAGAAAAUUACAUUACAUUACAUUACAGGCAUUUAGCAGACGCUCUUAUCCAGUGCAUCAGCUCAAAUUCAGCCAGUUUGGAGAGGCAGCUGCAAAGCUUUGAGGUCACAGCAGGACAGGAAGCCCACAGACUGGACCUUUUUUUUGAGGGAGAGGGUGGGAGGUGGGGCUUGGGAUUGGGAGGAAACUCGCUUCCCCUGCAGGCCUCCAGUAACUCGUACUCUCUGUUAUUUACAGUCCUGGCCGAAUUCAUAUGCAGUGAUUGAUACUUUUUCUACUUUACAGUGAAUUAAUUUAAAUACUGCAGGCCCCAUUUGUAUGCUGUGACCAAUGUGUAAACUAAAUACAACUUUACAGAAUACAGCCUCAAAAUCCUACAGAAACAUCCUAUAGAUCCUGUCACUUCCCUCCCUGGCUGCGUCACAAUCACCCCCCCCCCCCCACCUCCCCCCUCCCUUAAUCAUCUUUCUUCACUGCCAAAAGAGGACAAGGAAGUACAAAGUAAAGAUUUGCCUGGUCACAUGACACAUUUUUUGCAAUGCACAAGCAUGCUGAAGAAAUAUUUGAUGAUGUAGUCCCCCUAGUGGCUGUAUCUAGUAAAUAAAUAAAAAUUCCUCAGUGUUUCUUCCACUGAGCUUCAAUUACAAUUACAAUGUAGGCAUUUAGCAGACGCUCUUAUCCAGAGCGACUUACACAACUUUUACAUAGCAUUUUACAUUGUAUCCAUUUAUACAGCUGGAUAUAUACUGAAGCAAUUUCGGUUAAGUACCUUGCUCAAGGGUACAACAGCAGUGUCCUACCCGGGAAUCGAACCUGCGACCUUUCGGUUACAAGUCUAGUUCCCUACCCACUGUGCUACACUCCGUCCUUACACAACUUUUUUUUACAUAGCAUUUUUUUUUACAUUGUAUCCAUUUAUACAGCUGGAUAUAUACUGAAGCAAUUCCGGUUAAGUACCUUGCUCAAGGGUACAACGGCAGUGUCCUUACCCGGGAAUCGAACCUACGACCUUUCGGUUACAAGCCCAGUUCCUUACCCACUGUGCCACACUCCGUCCCUUCACUUCAUUAUGAACUGGUUAAGUUUUAAUGGAAAAAUACUUCCCAUCCAUUCUUGAGGUUCAUUUUGACAUCAAAACAUAUUUUAGAAUAUAGUGAUUGAUUUUUUUGAAGGAUCUUUUCUGUUGAUUAACACAUUUUUGGUCCAAUCUUUUUUCAUGGUAAGAUGUCUGAAAUCAUCCAGCAGGAACGUGUAGCCCUCUGUAGUUCCAGACUAGUUUCCUGUAGUUUCCUGUCAAGCCUGAUAGCUUCUUGCGAUUAAAAUAUUGGCAAAAUAAACUUUGCUCAUUUCAUGUUGAAACCUGA